AUGUGGUGAUUAGUUGUAAAUUAUCAUGGCGAACUCUGGAGGUUGGGCGAGCACGCAGCAGCGAGAAAUGUCGGAAUUUGACAGUGGAGAAAAUUUUUCUACAGAAGAUGGAUUUAACAUUGGCGAACUGUGUGGUUUGGAAGAUUUAAUAACAAACUGUGAGAGUGAGUUAUUCUCCAAAAAUAACCUUUUUACGGAUGAUGCUCUUCUAUCUCAACUUGUAGAAGAUCCUUUGAAAAUAGAAGAUGAUGUUUCAUUUGAUUUUCUUAAUUUACCCAACACACUGGAGUAUAUCUCACACUCACAUUCACCUCAACCUCAACCACAGACAUCACAACAACCGAAGCUCCAACAAAACCACCAACCUUUGCUGUCAAACUCAUUUCAUACAAAUUCAACUGCACUUCCACAAGUUGCUCAGAAAUCUCCUGCCCUCAUACCAUCACAAAACCUUAUAGCUUCACUUCCAUCUCUAACCAUACCAACAUCAUCAUCAUCCCCUCUGAAUUCUCCCCAAAAUACAUUGGAAAGUGGUGUCAUACAUUCCUCAAUGCAGCAGAGGGUUACAGCCCCUGUAUGUGCAGUUACCCAGAGUCCAGCAGCCAUUUUGCUUCAACCAAGUGGUGUAGGGCAGUCAACACAGCAACAGAAUCAAAAGGCGUCUCUUUCAUUUGGCAACAUUCAGAAUUCAGUGCCAGGUCAGCAACAGAUACACCUCCAGUCUGCGUCUGCUACUGCAGCAGCUUUGCAGAAUUCACAUAUCCAGUUUCAGCUGCAGGCUCUAAAACAUCAGAAAACUGUCAAACAGUCAUCUGUUCAGAAUCAACUGUUGACGUUACAGAGCAUGAGGCAGUUGCCAACAGAUAAUAUGCAGCAGGUAUUGGUUCAGGCUCAGUUAAUUAAAUCAGAACCACAGCUAAGUCCUGCUACAGUGAUGUAUACUACAGCCCCAGUGACAGGCGUGACUGUGACAUCUAGUGGUAACCCGCCACCUCCACCAGCCUCCAUUCACACCCUCGUUAACACUGCUCAUGGUGCAAUUCUAGCUACUGGUAUACCUCUUGUGUUGGAUGCAGAUAAGCUGGCUAUCAACAGAUUCGCAGCCAUCUCGCAACAUAAUAGAGAGCCGAAGGUGAAGGAGGGAAAAAGAAGCGCGCACAAUGCCAUCGAACGUCGCUACAGAACGAGUAUUAACGAUAAAAUAGUUGAGCUCAAGAACAUGAUUGUUGGAAAUGAUGCAAAGUUUUCAUUUCAGCUUAACAAAUCGGCUAUCUUGCGGAAAGCUAUCGAUUACAUCCGGUACCUUCAGAAUUCAAAUGCGAAGUUAAAACGAGAAAAUAUGACAUUGAAAAUGGCGGCUCAGAAGCCACUGAAGGAACUGUUGACAGAUCCAGUAACUGCUGCAGAAAUGAUGAAAGAUGACUGUUCAGGACCCAUCACACCACCUCGUUCUGAUGAAUCUUCACCGUCGCUGUCGCCUCCACACUCUGACAGCAGCUCAUUGCCACCAUCACCUGAUGAUUCGUACUGUACAGAGGUCAAGGACGAAGAUGAUGAUAUGAUAGGUGUCGGCGUAGCCAGAGGGAUGUUGGAUCAUUCGAGGAUGGCCCUGUGUAUGUUCAUGUUGGCUGUGGUUGUAUUUAAUCCGUUUGGAGUAUUUCUAAACAGAUAUGUUGAUCGCGGCAAAGACUACUCUUCUACAGUGGUUGAAGGAAGGACCCUACAGCAUGUGGACAGUUCAGAAUCUGGGAUUUGGCAGUGGGUAGGUUCUUCUCUGUUCCUGUGGAUGUUCAACUUUAUAGUUCUUCUUGGUUGUCUUGUCAAGUUGUUCGUGUAUGGGGACCCAGUAAUGCCAGCCAAGUCAAAAGAAUCUGUUACAUUUUGGAGACACCGGAAGCAAGCCGAUUUUGACUUGUCUAAGGGUGACCAUGCGGCUGGGGAUCAAGAACUGAGACGAUGCCUACAAGCUUUUGGUCGGUCUUUGCCAGGAUCGAAACUGGAAUUGUUUACGUCCACAGUAUGGCAGAUUAUACGGCAAAUUUUACACAGGUUGUGGAUUGGAAGAUGGUUGGCAAAGCAUUCUGGAGGGUUUUUUGUUGACAGUGUGGCAAGAAGAGAGGCAUUGAAUUCAACAAAGGAACUAUCACUUGUGUACCAUCGUUUGCAUCAGUUGCACCUAGUGAGUGGAUCAACAGAUGGACAUUGCGCUGGUUUUAUGUUGGCAUUUAGCGCGGUCAACAUGGCAGAGGCUUCAGCACAUCUCCUUUCGGCAGAACAGAUUGCUGAUAUUUAUGUGGCCGCUGCCUUGCGCGUCAAGGAAUCAUGCCCAUCGUUUCUUCAGUUCUUUAACAGGUUUUAUUUGAGCUUGGCCCGACAUGUCUGCUUUAAAGGAUGUAGCCAGGUACCUAUGCGUCUACAAUGGCUGUUCACCGCGUAUGGACAUCGAUUUUUUUUAUCACAUCGCUGGUCGUAUGGUUUCGUGGCUCCUUCUCCGUUCAGUAGCCUAGGAAACCACACCGAUCCUCUGGCUUACGUUAUGCGUGCUUACCGGGAACACUUGCUAGAACAGGCGUUGCAGACACUUGUGGCUCCAGGGAGCAAACUUAAUGCCUAUGAUGAAGAACCACUGAAACGAACCCAAACAUCCGAUGUCCUCACGUACGUUCAUCUGCUCAUGGAAAAUGCACUUGCCUCAGGAGGUCAUAGUGAUGUGUCACACCCACUAACAUCCGCAAACAUUCAAGUGGCAUGUUCAGAGGAUGAGCUUGCUCACUGGUGGUCAGGUGUUGUGGGUGUUGCAGCAUAUUGGUUAUUGGGAGAAAACGCACAAGCAGAACGCCUUUAUCCGAGAGUGGAAACAUUUCCCGAGUGCUUGGAUAAGUUGACGGAUCCUCUUCCUCAUGCUGUGCUGGCAGCAAUUAGAAGUAGGAAAGUGUUUCUGAGUCAGAGUUGUCGUCAUUCUGGAAACAACUCUGUUAACGAGGCUGUUUUGUCGGUGUGCAAUACUGCUGGACACUGUCUUGGUGACAGCCUCACGUACAACAGCUGCAAGCAAGACAGCAGUAUGGUACAUUUGGUGCAACUUCUGGUGUGUGAUUGGUUGCUUGAGACACGAACCAUUGUGUGGGAAGAAGGGCUGGAAAUUGAUGGGUCAGGUGCUGUUCCAGUUACUAACGCUGUUCUAACUGGUUUCCAGCAGAACCUGUCAUCCCUUAGAUGUCUUGCACAACAUAUUCCAUCGGCACUUCCCCGUGUGUUCUUAUAUGAAGCCAUAGCACGUAUGAUGGCAGGUGCAUCACCAGGUCGCACACAGCAACUGUUGGACCGCAGCUUGCGUCACAGGCAUAGCCGAACAUCUCUAAUCUGUGGCAAAGAUAAAAACCAACAAGAGUCUGGAGGUGAGAGAGAGCACGCGGCAGCCCUGUACAUGGCGUGUCGACAUCUGCCUACUCCGCUUCUGUCCUCGCCUGGUGAGCGCGCUGGGAUGUUGGCCGAGGCUGCCAAGACACUAGAGAGAAUUGGUGACCGGAAACGAUUGCAGGAUUGUUAUCGUCUUAUGAAGUCGCUCGGAAGCAGUUCUGUCACAAAUUGAACUCUUGUGUUAGGGCUUAAAUUAUCAGAAUUCUGCAACAGGUUGCGAGAAAAGGAGAAUGUAAUAGUGAGUCCUCUACAGGAAUCGUUACGGAGAUUAAGAAUGAUGAAGAAUGGUAAUGUCAUCAAAUAUUGGAUAAUAAGAAUGGUACAACAUUCAGAAUAGGUGACCAAUAAGAAGUCAGUACUGAAUGACAGGUAAAAUAAUGAUGCAAGGUGUAAUAUUGUGCCGCCAAUUUGAAUGGAAAGUUUUUAUUCUAUUCAGAUUUUUAAGAACCAGGACUUUUAUUUUCGCACUAAGAAGCUGGCCAUAAUCAUACUGUUAUUUAUCUUUCAUUACUUUUUAGCAGCAUCAGUAAUUGUAAUCAGUGGCUCAGAUUGCCCCUGCUAAAACCUUUUUAUCAAUUUUUAUUGAUCUUCCAAUGUCAUUUUUUCCAGCCCCCCCUCCGUUUUUGGAAUUUUUUUCCUUGCAAGCACCAUUUAUUUGUGUAAUCUGAAAAUAUAUUUUAAUCUGUAAUUUCUUUCUAGUUCGUA